UCAUCUCUACUGUUAGGAUUAUUUAUUAAAAAAAAAUCAUUGAUUAUUAGUAAAUUUGGUUCCAAAAUUACAAGUUCUAUUUGUCUACUCAUAAUCCCCAUAUAUCAUAGAACCAUGGCCAACUGACAGCCCAUUAGCCAUCAUAAUUUAAUUUUCCUUUAGUAUAGUCCAUUCAUCGCUUACACAUAUAUAUCCACUAUACAGAGGAGGACCUUAAAGAUCAUAUAAAACAUAAUCCUAUAAUAUAUUACACCAUUAAUUACAUAUAUUUAACAACCACUAACGCAACCUUUUAAUUUUUCACUAAAAUUACUCACACGAGAUGGAAGUUGCUGCAAAUUAUUAUGAUGAAGAUUAUGUACCUGGUACUAUUAAUAUCUUCUCCAAUCAUAAAGAUAAUGAAUCUUCAUCAUCUGAUAAACAAUUAAAGAAAACUAAAACUGGCAUUAUUUUAAUGCCUCAACCAUCUAACGAUCCAAAUGAUCCUUUAAAUUGGUCAUUUACAAGAAAAUUUGCGCAUUUUGCUUUAGUAUCGUUCAUUACUGCCUUGACUGCUGCAACUUCAAAUGAUGCUGGAGCCACUCAAGAUUCUUUGAAUGAAAUUUAUGGUAUCAGUUAUGAUGCUAUGAAUACUGGUGCUGGAGUCUUAUUCCUUUUUAUAGGUUGGUCCUGUAUCUUUUUUGCUCCAGCCGCAUCCCUAUACGGAAGACGUAUAACCUAUAUUCUUUGUCUUUUAGCAGGUACAUUAGGUUCUAUUUGGUUUGCUACGGCUAGAAAAACUUCUGAUACUAUCUGGUCUCAAGCAUUUGUUGGAAUGUCAGAAGCAUGUGCUGAAGCUCAGGUACAACAAUCAUUAUCAGAUAUUUUCUUUCAACAUCAAUUAGGUUCAGUCUUAACUGUCUAUAUUUUAGCUACGUCUGUUGGUAGUUUCUUAGGUCCAUUGAUUGCAGGUUUCAUUGCCCAAGCUCAACUGUUCAGGUGGGUUGGUUGGUGGGGUGCCAUCAUUUGUGGAUUAACAUUAAUUCUCAUCAUUUUUGGCUGCGAAGAAACUGUUUAUGAUAGAACUGGUUACAAUCAAGUAUGCCCACCAUCGGAUUCUGAAGAUGAAAAAGAAACUGAGAUUCAUAGUAACUCUUUAGAAGAUGAAAAAUCACUUGAUAAAGAAAAUGAUAUCGCGAAUGUGAAAACUUUCCCAGACGUGUCCAAUAAUGAAGAUGACACUAAACUUAUCCCAUAUUAUAAAAGAAUAGCCAUCAUAACACCUUCACCUUACUUAAUUGGCUACGGUUUUAAACAGUACAUUGUUAGAUUUCUUAACAACUUUAGAGUAUUUACAUUACCAGCAGUAUGGUUAUCAGGAUUAUUAUGGGGACUUCAAGAUGCUUAUAUGACAUUUUUCUUAACUACUCAAGAUACCUAUUUUUCAGAACCACCUUGGAAUUAUUCUCAGAAUGGGGUGGCUAUCAUGAACGUGGCUACUUUAAUUGGAGCAGUUAUUGGAUGUUUCAUGUCGGGUAUUCUCUCUGAUAAACAUGUGUUGUGGCUUUCCAAACGUAAUAACAAUGUAUUUGAACCUGAAAUGAGAUUAUGGUUAUUAUUUGUAACAUUGAUCAUUUCACCAUUAGGUUUGAUUAUGUUUGGGGUUGGUGCUGCUAGACAAUGGCCAUGGCAAGCGAUUUACGUUGGUUUGGGAUUCAUUGGAUUUGGUUGGGGUUCAAUUGGUGAUACUGCCAUGUCAUACUUAAUGGAUGCUUAUCCAUCUAUAGUUAUCCAAGGUAUGGUUGGUGUUUCAAUUAUCAACAAUACUUUGGCCUGUGUAUUUACCUUUGUAUGUUCUUAUUGGUUAGAUGCUUCUGGUACAGAUAAUACCUAUAUUGUGUUGGCGGUCAUUGAUUUUGUUUCAAUUGCAUUUAUUAUCCCAACCCUUAUCUACGGUAAAUCAUGGAGAAAAAUGACGAAGAAACUUUACCUCGACAUGGUUGAAUUAACCAAUGGAUCAGCUUAAACACCUUUCGAUGUUCACACUCUUGCAUUAUUUUUAUUGUUCAAUCCUGUUAUUAUUU